AUGCUCAAUAUUGGACAGUUGAGUGGUGCAGCUUUUUUUAGCCGCGUGUUUGAUUCUAGUAUAAUUCGUGAGGAUCUCUUGAGUCAGAAUGCAACUCGACAACUUUCUGCACUUCAACAAGUAAUUGCCUUCAUGACGAUUGGAAGGGACAUGUCAAGUCACUUCAGUGAUAUUGCUCCCCUCUGCUCCUCCAAUAAUCUUACUAUCAAACGACUCGUUUAUCUAUAUUUAAUGCAGUACAGUAGAACACAACCACAGAAGGCUGUCCUACAAGCUGGUGCUUUUGUAAAAGAUACACUAAACGAUUCUCCACUUAUUCGCGGUACUGCACUGCGAACAAUGACUUCUCUACUUGUACCUGUUAUGGUUGAUUUUAUUACUGCACCCCUUUUGCGUUGCUUAGAAGACAGUGAUCCAUAUGUUCGCCGUAUCGCCGCAUUUGGUACAUUGAAACUAUACUACGUAGCUCCGAACGUUUGUGAAGAAGUUGGACUUCUUGAAAAAUUAAAGAAUCAACUAUGUGACGAAAAUGCAAUUGUAGUGGCAUCUGCAGUUGCUGCUAUUUUAGAACUUCGUCAGUUAAAUGCUCCAGUUGAUCUUGAAGAAGCUAUUGUAAAAAAUGUUAAUCACCUGCUUGAAGCAAUUAGUGAUACCACCGGUUGGUACCAAUAUUAUCUUCUUGAAGGUGUUGCUCUGGUUUUCAAGAAUAGUUUCUCUACGUUAAGCAUGGAUGAAGUUAAAAAAAUCAUUGACAGUGUAUUGCCCUUUUUAUCUGUCUUUAAUGUUGCAACAAUCAUGUCUGCAGUACGUGUCAUCACAUCCUUUCUUAUUCAGGUAUCCCCUCAGUUAUUAUCACCAUCAUCUACUACUACUACUACUAGAGAUGAAAAUAACCAGGAAUUAGUAGAUAUGCAAGAACGGUGUAGUCUAAGAGUCGUUGGAACCUGUGUGUCAUUAUUAUAUGGACCUUAUUUUGAGGUACGUUUUACCGUAUUUCGAAAUAUUCAUCUCUUGAUUAAGACAGGAUUAAGUCGAUUUUUUAAAAAAUAUUUGAGUGUCUUUUUCGUCAAGUAUGAUGAUCCUAUUUUUAUUAAGCUAGAGAAAGUUGAACUAUUACUUGAGCUUGCUGAUAAUGAAGUUGGAGAAGUGGUACUCUCGGAAUUUGUAACAUACGCUACAGAUGCAGAUGAAGAGAUGGUUCGGAAAGCGGUGCGUUCUAUUGGAUUUCUUGCUGCCAAAUCAGAGCCACUAGCGUCACAAUGUGUGGAAAAACUAAUUGGUCUUAUUGACACUGGUGUAAAUUACGUUGUACAGGAUGCGGCAAUUGUGGUACAAACAGUUCUUCGACGGUAUCCCGGUAGGUUUCCUGACGUUGUACCGAAACUUUGUGAUGCUCUAGAUAUAUUAACCACGGCGGAGGCAAAAGCUGCUGUCGCGUGGGUACUUGGCGAAUAUUCACAAUCUGUGGAAAAGUUACAUGAUGUACUUUCUGUAUUUGUAGAGUGUUUCCCCAAUGAACAUUCUACCGUGCAGUUAGCGGUAUUAACCGCUGUUGUAAAAAUUUAUCUUCAAGAUAACUCUAAUAAAAAGAACCAUAACGCUGAGAUUCUUCAACAAGUACUUGCUAUGGCGACACAAUCAGGACUACCAGACGUCCGAGAUCGCGCAUAUAUGUAUUGGCGUCUCGUUACUAGUGACAUUGAGGCGGCAAAGAAACUUAUUCUAACAUCAAGUAGUACACUUUUUACCACAGUAAAUAACAUCGAGAAAAAUCGGUUACAUACACUUUUGUUAGACUUGGGAAACCUUACAUCAGUACUUCAUCGUCCCUUGCAUCUUAUAUACAAUAAUGGAUUAGCCCUAGGCGAAAAAGAUGAUGAUUAUGAUGAUAAUUAUGUUGAUGAUGAUGGAAAAAAACAUCAUCGUGGAAAUGAUAACCUUGAGAAGGGAUUAUUUAAUUCUAUUCAUCCUGAUGAGGACACAAUUAUAUCAUCAUCACCUAGAGAAAUGUCUGAAGACAUUCCUCAUCGUAAUAAAGAAGACAUGCAUAUUGCGUUACCAGCGAAUGAGGGUAAUGGACUAGAAGUCAGUAUGAGUUGGUCACAAUUAGGCAAUAAGUUACUCUUAAAUUGUCGUUUUUCACUUUUACCUGGUGAAGAUUAUGUACAACGUAUACAUGUUAAUAUGCUUCAAAUCAAUAGGAAUAUAUUUGCCCUUGGACUAGCACAGCAAUGUCCUACUGUGCAACUUGAAGUGGGACAAAAAGGUGUAGAAACUGUUCAUAUUCUUGCAGGAACUAAUAAUGAAAAAGCACCUUCACGCGAUCUUCUAGCAGCAGUUAAUGCAGAUCCUAUUGGGACACGCUAUUUUAUUGCUCCGCCAGUACCGCCUGCUAUGUUGUUGCUUCCUGCCACAGGUUGUGAUUCUGUCAUGUUUAUGGAGCAAUUUCGUGCCCUCAAAGCACCAUCUUGGACGAUCCCUCAAUCUUAUUUACCAGUCCAAACCAACCCAUCACGUUAUACAGCAGGCGCUUUACGCCUUCACGGACUAAGCCUUGUAUACACUGGGAAAAGCUGUGAAGGUGGGGUCAUACGACUAUUUCUCUUUGCCCAAACAAUAUCUGCACAAAAUAUAUUAAUGGAGUUGUCCAUUCAAAAUGAUAUUGUAGCCUAUUUGGGAGUGCGAUGCAAAGACAAUUACAUUACACCAGUAUUUGGUGCAUACACCCUGCAGGUUCUCUCUUCUACAACGAAUUCGUAA